GUCCUGUUUAAAUGGAGAAGCAAAGGAAGAAAGAUCACCGCGCUUUGCUGAAUCCGGGGGAGGAGAAUGAACUGGAGGUGUUUGGCUACCAGACUCAGAAUCUCCGCAGAGCCUUCUGCCUGGUAGCUUCUGUGCUGACAUGUGGGCUCCUUAUGCUGGUGUUCUACUGGAAACCCCAGUGGCGGGUGUGGGCUCACUGCAUCCCAUGCUCCUUGCAAGAAGCAGACACUGUUCUACUGAGAACAACGGAUGAAUUUCAAAGAUAUAUUAGGAAGAAGGUGAUCUCCCUCUACUUAUCCACAUUGAAGUUCCCUAUAAGCAAGAACCCGGAAGAUUUCCUGGUGGCAGACAGCCACUCUGUCAUAAAUCGAGCUGUACUGAAGCCAGAACUAAAACUGCGAUGCAUACAAGUGCAGAAAAUCAGGUAUGCUUGGGACAACUUGGAAAAAAGGUUUCAGAAAGUUGGGUCGCUGGAGGACAGCAAUUCUUGUUAUGACAUACAUCACACUUUCGGAUUGGGUCUGACCAGUGAAGAACAAGAGAUCAGAAGGUUAGUGUGCGGGCCGAAUGCUAUUGAGGUGGAAAUCCAGCCCAUCUGGAAGCUUCUGGUUAAACAGGUUUUAAAUCCAUUCUACGUAUUCCAAGCCUUUACACUAACAUUGUGGCUGAGUCUAGGUUACAUAGAAUAUUCUGUGGCCAUCAUCAUCCUGACCGUUCUGUCCAUUAUCUUAACUGUGUAUGAUUUGCGACAGCAAUCAGUUAAGCUGCACAAACUGGUGGAGGAUCACAACAAAGUCCAGGUUGCAAUCACUGUUAAAGGCAAAGGUUUGCAGGAGAUGGAAUCUCGGCUCUUGGUUCCUGGAGAUAUUCUUGUCCUUCCAGGAAAAUUAUCAUUGCCAUGUGAUGCUAUUUUGAUUGAUGGGAGCUGCGUGGUGAAUGAAGGCAUGCUUACAGGAGAAAGUAUUCCUGUUACAAAAACACCAUUGCCCCAUGAGGAGAGCACCACAGGCUGGAAGUUCCACAGUUUAGAGGACUACCGGAAACACGUCCUUUUCUGUGGGACUGAAGUUAUCCAGGUCAAACCCUCUGGGCAAGAACCAGUGAGAGCAGUUGUUCUACAAACAGGGUACAAUACAGCUAAAGGGGAUUUGGUGAGAUCCAUUCUCUAUCCCCGGCCUCUGAACUUCAAGCUGUAUAGUGAUGCUUUCAAAUUUAUAGUGUUCCUGGCAUUCCUUGGAGUCCUGGGAUUUUUCUAUGCUCUAGGUGUAUACCUGUACCAUGGGAUCCCUCCAAAUGAUACAGCGAUUAUGGCCCUCCUCCUUCUCACUGUGACCGUCCCUCCUGUGCUGCCAGCUGCCCUGACCACGAGCAUUGUGUAUGCCCAGAAGAGGCUGAAGAAAAAGAAAAUCUUCUGUAUCUCCCCACAGAGAAUCAAUAUGUGUGGGCAAAUAAACCUCGUGUGCUUUGACAAAACUGGCACUCUUACAGAAGAUGGACUGGACCUCUGGGGAACUGUCCCCACUGCUGACAAUUGCUUCCAGCAGGUCCACAGCUUUGUCUCAGGCAAGGUCUUGCCUUGGAGCCCUCUGUGCGCUGCCAUGGCCAGCUGCCACUCUCUCAUCCUUCUGGACGGGACCAUCCAGGGAGACCCUCUGGACCUCAAAAUGUUUGAGGGCACCUCUUGGAUAAUGGAAGAUUGCAAUGCAGACUACUGCAAUAUUGGGACAUCGGGCUCUAAUGUUAUAAUGAAACCAGGUCCAAAUGCUAGCCAGAGUCCUGUGGCAGCCAUCACCGUCUUGUGCCAAUUUCCCUUUUCCUCAAGCCUGCAGAGGAUGUCUGUGGUGGCCCAGUUGGAGGGGGAGGAUCAGCUGCAUGUCUACAUGAAAGGUGCCCCGGAGAUGUUGGUCAGGUUCUGCAGAUCUGAAACAGUGCCCAAGAAUUUCCAAAAUGAACUGAAGAAUUACACAGUUCAAGGCUUCCGUGUCAUUGCUCUUGCCCAUAAAACCUUGAAGCUGAGGAAUAUUUCAGAAGCAAAGAGUUUAUCCAGAGAGAAGGUGGAGUCAGAGUUAGCAUUUCUGGGGCUUCUGAUAAUGGAGAAUCGCUUGAAGAAAGAGACCACACCGGUCCUCAGAGAACUGCAGGAGGCUUGCAUCAGGACCGUGAUGAUUACAGGUGACAACCUUCAAACAGCUAUUACUGUGGCAAAGAAUUCUGGAAUGAUUCCCCGGGGAAGCCCAGUGAUCCUUGUUGAAGCCAAUGAACCAGAAAAGUUUCUUCCUGCCUCUGUGACCUGGAAGUUGGUGGAGAGCCAAGAGAACGGACCUGGAAAGAAUGAAACCUACAUUAACAUCGGGAACAGUUUAGUGCCUGGUGGAGAAAGAGUGGGCUCUUAUCAUUUUGCAAUGAGUGGGAAAUCAUACCAAGUGAUAAUUCAGCAUUUUAACAGCCUGCUUCCAAAAAUUCUGGUGAAUGGAACCAUUUUUGCAAGAAUGUCACCUGGGCAAAAAUCAAGUCUUAUUGAAGAAUUUCAAAAGUUAAAUUAUUAUGUGGGCAUGUGUGGAGAUGGAGCAAAUGACUGUGGGGCUUUGAAAAUGGCUCAUGCUGGCAUCUCACUGUCAGAGCAGGAGGCUUCUGUGGCAUCCCCUUUCACCUCAAAAACAGCCAACAUCAAGUGUGUGCCUCAUCUCAUCAGAGAAGGCCGAGCAGCUCUGGUUUCAUCCUUUGGGGUAUUUAAAUACCUGACCAUGUAUGGCAUAAUCCAGUUUUGUGGUACAUCACUUCUCUACUGGCAACUACAACUCUUUGGGAAUUACCAGUAUCUUAUGCAAGACAUAGCCAUCACCUUGAUGGUCUGCUUAACAAUGAGUUAUACACAUGCCUACCCAAAGCUGGCGCCAUAUCGACCGGCAGGACAACUCCUCUCUCCACCUCUCCUGCUCUCGGUCAUUUUAAAUACUUGUUUCACCUUCAUUGUGCAGAUCAGUGCAUUUCUUUGUGUAAAGCAGCAGCCCUGGUAUUGUGAGGUCUACAAAUACAGUGAUUGUUAUCUGAUCAACCAAAGUGAUUUCUCCACAAACAUGAGUUUGGAAAGAAACUGGACUGGAAAUGCAACUUUGAUUCCCGGUUCAACGAUAAGUUUUGAGGGUACCACACUAUGGCCCAUCACCACCAUCAACUGCAUUACAUUAGCAUUUGUCUUUUCUAAGGGAAAGCCAUUCAGAAAACCCGUCUACACAAACUAUAUAUUCUCAUUUUUGCUGCUCUCUGCCUUGGGCAUCACAAUUUUCAUUCUGUUUUCUGAUUUUCAAGUUAUACAUGAAGGAAUGGAGCUUAUCCCAACCAUAACAUCAUGGAGGGUUUCCAUUCUGAUGGCAGCCCUCGUCCAGUUCUGUGUGGUUUUCUUUGUGGAGGAUGCCAUUCUUCAAAAUCGAGAACUCUGGCUAUUGAUCAAGAAAAAACUUGGAUUCCAUUCUCAAAGUCAGUAUAGGAUCUUGCAAAAGAAGCUGGCAGAAGACCCAGCAUGGCCUCCCACAAAAGGGACAGAUUAUUCAGGAGAUGGCAAAAAUGGAUUCUACAUCAACAUGGGCUAUGAAAGCUCUGAACAGAUUCCAAAAGAAAAGCCUGAACGGGGAGACGAAACCAUAGAACAGCAUUUUUGGACCAGAUUGUAAUCAGAAUUGAAGUCUGUACUCUAAUGGCAUCUGC